CAACAACUUGCAAGCAACGCAACCUUCGACAAGAAUUGGAUUUUCAAAAGAGAUCAUCCUAAAACGAAAGUCAUCGCAGUUGGGGAAUCAUAGCCUUCCGUCUACUGCGGGCGAUGAGGUGACAUGCCAUCAGUUGCCCUGGCUGGGGAGCAGCCUUCACCGUAGAUCAACCAUGGCGCGAACCGUCCUCGAGGCCUCCGAAAUAGGUGAGAAGGCUCGGAGAGACCUUCUGCUUCUCCUUGAAGGGGUUCGAGGCAAGAAGAACCUCGUCAUCGAGAAGGGCCUUGCGGGGACGUUGGGGCUCUUCGUUAAGUUCUCGACGCUCCAGGAGUAUGGGGUGGACAAAGUGUUUUUCUUAGAGAACGAUAAUGUCGACUCGUCGCAGAAGAAUAUCGUGUUCUUGGCCCGCUCGGAUAAUUUGAAUGAAGUCCAUGCUAUUGCAAGUCAGAUCAAGCGGCUACGUCAAAGUGGUCAGACCGAACAUGAGAUAUCUAUAUUCUGGGUCCCGAGGAGGACCUUAGUCUCGGAUCAGAUUCUCGAAGAGGAGGGCGCACUUGGCGAUGUCAACGUCUCGGAGUAUCCCUUAUACUUUGUUCCCGUCGCUGAAGAUAUACUAUCUCUGGAGCUAGAGAAUAGUUUUCGAGAUCUAUACCUGCGCAAAGAUCCGACGUGCAUUUUCACUGCGGCGAAAGCGUUGAUGUUGCUGCAACAGCACCAUGGGCUCUUCCCUCGUAUCACAGGGAAAGGGAACAACGCAAAGCGACUCGCCGACUUGCUCAUGCGUAUGCGGUCGGAACUCACAGCGUCAUCUGACUUUCGUCCCUCUGGCGCCGGCUACGAACUAACUCCCAGCAACACGAUCGAAAGCUUGAUCAUUAUAGACCGAGAAGUUGAUUUUCCAUCUGCUCUGCUUACGCAGUUAACUUAUGAGGGACUGGUGGACGAAUGUUUUGGGAUAGAGUCCAAUCAAAUCGAAGUUGACUCCUCCGUUGUAGGCACUGCCAGCAAUACGACUUCCCAAGGGUCAUCGUCGGGACCCGGAUCAGCAUCACAGCCACUUCGGAAGAAGAUCAUCCUUGACGGCACUGAAUCCCUUUUCAAGAGUAUUCGGGACACCAACUUCGCAGUUGUCCCCCAGGUACUCAACUCAGUCGCACGUCGAUUGCAAAAUACAUACGAGAAUCGACCCACAGCGUCGAAGACCACUGCUGAGCUCCGGGAGUUCGUCUCUAAGCUCCCGAGCUACCAAUCCGAACAAACUAGCCUCAAGCUCCAUACCAACAUUGCCGAAGAGAUCCAGAAGUUCACCCAAUCUGAGAUCUUCACCCGUAUUCUCGAGGUGCAACAGACCGUUGCCGAAGAACUAGACCCUACAUCCCAGCACGACACCAUCGACGAGCUAAUUUCCCGCGCCAUCUCCCUCCCCACCGUUCUCCGUCUCCUCUGCCUCGAGUCCACCAUGUGCAACGGCCUACGACCCCGCGACCUGGACGCCUUCAAACGCGCCAUCCUCCAUGCCUACGGCCCACAACACCUCCUAACCCUCUCCCGACUCGAAAAAAUGGGUCUCCUGUCCACACGGUCCGGCAGUGCUUUCACUCCCGCGCCACUCUCCAAAUCCGGCUCAGGGACGAAUUACUCCUACGUCAGAAAAGCACUCCAUCUAUACAUGCGCGAGGUCAACGAAGCCAAACCCGACGAUAUCGCGUACGUCUACAGCGGCCCCGUUCCACUUAGCGUCCGCCUCGUGCAAUGCGUCCUCCAGAAACAAUACCUUGCCUCCCUCUCCAACAAACACCCUGGCGCCACCAACGCCGCGGCCUCCGGCGCCACCGCACUCUCGCAAGGCUGGCGCCCCUUCGAAGAGGCGGUGAAGCAGAUCAAGGGCGCCACGUUCGACGAGGUUCAGAGGGGGGAGGAGAAGGCGGUGCGGGCGAAGCAGAUCUUGAACGGGUCGGGAUCGACGGAGGGGAAGACGGUGCUAGUAUUCUAUUUGGGGGGGAUCAGUCGGGCGGAGGUGGCGGCGUUGCGGUUCGUGGGGAAGCGGUUGGUGGAUGAGGGGCGGAGGAGGAAUUUGGUGAUUUGUACGACGGGGAUGGUGAGUGGGAAUGAUAUGAUGAAGGCGGCGAUUGCGGAGAGGGAUUUCGGGGGGAGGUGAGGGUGUGUAUAAUUCCGUGUAGAUGAUUAUUGCACCCACCACCUACCCUCCAUUGUUCGAGAAGACUGGUUCCAUUCUAACCUCAAAUACAUGUGCCAUCUGAUCAGUGCAGACUGGUUCUGGCUACAGGACACCCAGCUCUUCAACUAUGACCAUAGGAUGAUUUGAUAGCUUACUCCCAAUACAUGUAUGGAGAUUUAGUUCUGCAGAUCAAUGUCGCUUGAGGAUGACUCCCGG